AUGAGAACGCUGUUGCUGGUGCUGCUACUUACUGUAUCUAUGGCUGCCGGGACGGUUCAGUUGUGCCAGCAGGACAAGGAUUGCGACGACUGGAUGAAUGAUGAUGCUCACUACUGUAUCCAUGGGGGGUGCAUGCCCUUCUACGACGACGGCUGCAAGACCGACCAAAUUUGUGGGUGGAUGAAAGUGUGCGAGGGAUACUCGGAAGGACGACCGGGGAAAUGCGGCUGGUGGACGCCGUGG